AACCGCCAAAAAAAGGUAAAACCAGUAGAACCCUCCAGAAACCGCACUCAAGAACAAUCCCGAAACCCCAAUUUCCAUUACAUAUAAAAUUCCGCCCUCAAACUCCGUUCCACAUUGACAUAUAGUGAAGAGAAAGAAUAGUAUUCUCAUCGCAAUCACAAUCGAAAUAACCGCUCUCUGUUCAAUCUAGAUUCAUUAAAACUUUCUCGCGUGUGAAUUUUGGUUAGAUUCUAAUGGCGGAAGUACAGAUGGGAGGAGAAGCUCCAGAAACAUUUGCGUUUCAAGCUGAGAUCAAUCAGUUGUUGAGUUUGAUUAUUAACACUUUUUACAGUAACAAAGAGAUCUUCUUAAGAGAACUGAUCAGUAAUUCAUCUGAUGCGUUGGAUAAAAUUAGAUUUGAAGGAUUAACUGAUAAGAGUAAAUUGGAAGCGCAGCCGGAGUUGUUUAUUAGGAUUGUUCCUGAUAAAGUUAAUAAGACUCUUACGAUCAUUGAUAGUGGUGUUGGAAUGACUAAAGCAGAUUUGGUGAACAAUUUGGGAACAAUUGCAAGGUCUGGUACCAAGGAGUUUAUGGAAGCUUUACAAGCCGGAGCAGAUGUUAGUAUGAUUGGGCAAUUUGGUGUUGGAUUUUACUCUGCUUAUCUUGUGGCUGAGAAGGUUAUUGUGACUACUAAACAUAACGAUGACGAACAAUACAUCUGGGAGUCACAAGCUGGUGGAUCAUUCACUGUUACUAGAGAUGCUGAUGGUGAACAAUUGGGUAGAGGGACUAAAAUCACUCUCUUCCUCAAGGAGGAUCAGUUGGAAUACUUGGAAGAGAGGAAGAUUAAGGAUCUUGUGAAGAAGCAUUCUGAAUUUAUCAGUUACCCAAUUUAUCUUUGGACUGAGAAGACAAUAGAGAAGGAAGUGAGUGAUGAUGAAGAUGAUGAGCCAAAGAAGGAAGAAGAAGGAGCUGUUGAGGAAAUUGAUGAGGAGAAAGACAAGGAUGCUAAGAAAAAGAAGAAGGUAAAGGAAGUUACUCAUGAAUGGGAAUUGAUUAACAAGCAGAAACCAAUUUGGUUGAGGAAACCAGAGGAGAUCACAAAGGAGGAGUAUGCUUCUUUCUACAAGAGUUUGACUAAUGAUUGGGAAGAACAUCUUGCUGUCAAGCAUUUCUCUGUGGAAGGGCAGCUUGAAUUCAAGGCAGUUCUUUUUGUGCCUAAGAGGGCUCCUUUUGAUCUUUUUGACACAAGGAAGAAGAUGAACAACAUCAAGUUGUAUGUCAGGAGGGUGUUCAUUAUGGAUAACUGUGAGGAGUUGAUCCCUGAGUACCUUGGAUUUGUGAAGGGUGUUGUUGAUUCGGAUGAUUUGCCGCUUAACAUCUCUCGUGAAAUGCUUCAACAGAACAAGAUUUUGAAGGUUAUUAGGAAAAAUCUUGUGAAGAAAUGUAUUGAAAUGUUUACUGAAAUCUCUGAGAACAAGGAGGAUUAUGCUAAGUUUUAUGAGGCGUUUUCUAAGAACUUGAAGUUGGGUAUUCAUGAGGAUAGCCAGAACAGAGCUAAGAUUGCCGACUUGCUCCGAUACUACUCCACAAAGAGUGGUGAUGAGAUGACCAGCUUGAAGGAUUAUGUUACCAGGAUGAAGGAGGGGCAAAAGGAUAUCUACUACAUCACUGGUGAAAGUAAGAAAGCUGUUGAGAACUCUCCAUUCUUAGAGAGACUCAAGAAGAGAGGUUAUGAAGUUCUGUUCAUGGUUGAUGCUAUCGAUGAAUACGCAGUGGGGCAAUUGAAGGAAUAUGAUGGGAAGAAGCUUGUUUCUGCAACUAAGGAAGGUUUGAAACUAGAUGAUGAGACAGAAGAGGAGAAGAAGCUGAGAGAGGAAAAGACGAAGUCUUUUGAAAGCCUUUGUAAAACCAUCAAGGACAUUUUGGGUGACAAAGUUGAGAAAGUUGUGGUUUCUGACAGAAUUGUGGAUUCUCCUUGCUGCUUGGUGACUGGAGAAUAUGGGUGGACUGCGAACAUGGAGAGGAUUAUGAAAGCUCAAGCAUUAAGGGACAGCAGCAUGAGUUCUUACAUGUCCAGCAAGAAGACUAUGGAGAUAAAUCCUGACAAUGGAAUUAUGGAGGAGUUAAGGAAGAGAGCCGAGGCUGAUAAGAACGACAAAUCCGUUAAAGACUUGGUGAUGCUGUUGUUUGAGACUGCUUUGCUGACUUCUGGUUUCAGCCUGGAGGAGCCAAACACCUUUGCAGCGAGGAUCCACAGAAUGUUGAAGUUAGGCCUGAGCAUCGAGGAAGAGGAAGAAGCUGCUGGUGAUGAUGCUGAAAUGCCUGCGCUGGAGGAAGAUGCAGCUGAAGAGAGCAAGAUGGAGGAAGUUGAUUAAAGAAUCAGCGGGUCAUGCUAGGAGUCUUUCUAUCUGUUAAAAAAGUUAGGUCUUUUCUGUUCUUUUGGGAGUUUUUGAGUCCCUCCGUCAGUCAUGGAGUACAGUUGUUGAUAUUUGGGUGGUUGUGCUGUCUUUUGGGUUACGGCUAUAGCAAUACAACGGUCUUUUCAUGCUCA